UCCGCUGCUGCUCGGGUGCUACAGCUUGGGGCUGCUACAGCGAGCGGAGUCCCAGCCUGGUGAAGACGACUGCAUGGUUGGCCUGCCAGGCCCUCGUGCCCGUAUCCUCACCCAUCGCCAUCCAUCCUCUCUUGCCGGAAGACUUUGUGUCGUGCUUACAGCAACGCCAUCCACUCUUGCUUCCAUCACGGUUCCAUUACUCCCAUCCCACUGCGCAGUCUUGUUGACGAUCAUCGUUCUCUUCGCUGUUGACAGCAGAUUACGGAUACGACAUCUUGCCUAUCGAUCUCAGCAGCAUACGUCUUGACAGUCUGCUUGCAUUCACGUCAAACAAAUCAUCGCGUCGAUCUCAGUCAGUCUUUUCCCCACACAGAUACCUUAUCCAUUAAUCCUCACGAUGGUCCGCACCUCGCUUUUCGUCGCUGCGGCAGCUGCCAUGGCUCUUCCCGUGGCGGUUGCCGAUUUGCGCCCAGAGCGUCGCCAAGCUGAGAGCAGCAGCUCGCGUCGCCACCGUAGUUCGGCAACUGCAACCGCUUCCGCUGGAAGCGGAUCUGGCAGCGGUGCCGUGACCAGCCCUCCCGCUUUCACCGGCUCUCUCCCUGCUAGUAUUUCGAGCAUCGUCGCCACCCUGACGCCGGGCACUCGCUCGCCAGAGCCCACCUACCCGCUGCCGACCACCUUCCAGGCGGGUGCCACCAACACCUACAUCUCGGGUGCACCUCCCCUCCCCUCUGCCCCGACGAUCGCCAACUAUCCGCCUCUCGAUGCUCCUCCUCCUCGUAGCUUCCAAGGCUCCGAGGAGCUUCUGGCUGGCAUCGACCUCUCUGGCGUCAAGGAUGUCCCUCUCAACCAGGGAGCUGCUGGCUGCGGCGAGGCGGGAAACGAGGCCAAUUUGGCUAAUGCCGGAGCAAGCGGCAACUGCUGGUGGACUUGCGGAGGCUGCACGCGUGACACAGACAUUGUCCAGUGCCCAGACAAGAACACUUGGGGUCUUUCUUACGAUGACGGACCUUCGCCUUACACUCCUCUUCUGUUGGACUACCUCGAGAAGAACAACUUGAAGACUACAUUCUUCGUGGUCGGUUCUCGUGCCCUUUCCCGCCCUGACAUGCUUGCUUACGAGUACAUGACUGGCCACCAACUCUCCGUCCACACCUGGAGUCACACUUCUCUGACCACUCAAACCAACGAGGCCAUUGCACUCGAGCUUCUCUGGACCAAAAAGAUCAUUCACGACAUUACCGGUGUAACUCCCAACACCAUGCGUCCUCCUUACGGUGACAUCGACGACCGUGUCCGUGGCGUUUCCAAGGCCGUUGGUUUGACCCCCAUCAUCUGGACCUCGGCCAACGGUGGAAACUACGACACCAACGAUUGGAAGAUUGGCAGUGGUGUCGUCUCUGCUGGUGAAGUCGUCUCCGUCUUUGAUGGCAUCAUUGCAAACGCUUCAACCCUCGACCACGGCUACAUUGUGCUCGCUCAUGACUUGUACGAGCAGAGUGUCAAGCUCGCCACCGAGAUCGUCUUGCCUCAAGCAUUGAGCCAGAGCCCCAAGCAGAACAUUGUACCCAUCAUCACCUGCUUGAAGAAGCCUUUGGGAGACUCUUACGUGGAGACCAAUCGCAACACUUCUGACUCGGCCCCUGCAGCCAACGGCAACAACGAGAACACCUCUUCGGGAAGCGGUAGUGGUAGCGGAGCUGGCCUGAACAUGGAGCUUUCCAAGGCGCACAUGACCAUUGUAGGCGCUGUCCUCUUUGGUGCAGCCACCCUACUCUGAUCGGACGGAAGCAGUGCUUCUAAUCAGAGUACGCAAAAGCGCGCAGCUCAAGCACCAAGCCUUCGAUACGACAGAGAGCAGGCCCUCGGCGUCGAAAAAAAGGGUCCUCUUGAGCGGACCGCACUUGCGGCGCCCGUCUUCAAAGUAAAUACUAGAAUUUCUCCUUCUUCUUUCCCACAGCACCAUGGAGCGCGCCUCCGAAUAUCCCAAGUCCUCCGAUCGCAUGCCUUUCAUAUCUGUUC